AUGGCAAGCAUGGCUCUAUCCACCACAUUUUCCAAGCUCCAAUCCACCAAAGCAUUCGUCAUGGGGAGCUCUAGGGUGGUUUUUGUUGGUGUAGCACACAGACCUUUCCCGAAAAGUAGGCGUUUUGGGGCCAUGGCUACCUCAGAGGCUGGCGAGGCAGCAAAUCAAGGCCGCAAUGCAGUUAAAAAGGCUCUUAAUGCAGCAAAGACAGGCAGCCAAGACGCCAAAUCCGAGGCUGCCACUGCCACUGAGAAUGUGGCCCUAAAGACGAAGAACUUGGCGGGGAAAGUGACGGACACUGCACAAGAUGCAGCCGGAAAAGUGAAGCAAACUGCGCAGGACGCAUGGGGUUCGGUUAAGGACACCACCCAGAAAAUCAAAGACACGGUGGUGGGAAAGGCCGAGGAAUCCACAGAAAGCAUGAAGGAGACUGUGAGAGAAGGAUCAGAGAAACUCAAGGAUAACAUGGAGAAAUAA